AUGGACGACUCUGACGGCGUCUAUCUUGGCUGCUGGGUCUCUCUCAAGCUCUCCGCAGCGACCACGCAUAUUGUAGGCACAGUUCGCCAUGUCGGUCCGGCCGAAUUCGCCAGUGGAGACUGGCUUGGCCUGGUGUUGGUGCCCGAGUGCAGGAAGUUCGCCAAGAACGACGGCAGUGUGCUGGGGAGACAGUACUUCACACUGAAUGAAGAGGAGAAAGAGCGGGAGAUGGCAAGCAAAGUGCCGCCAGGCUCGAGUUUCGGCAUCUUUGUUCGGCCGCAGGCCGCAAGACCCCUCUCCACCAGAGAGCUCAUUGCGUUGCAAGACAUCACGCCAGAUACGAAGAUCAACCUUCUCUGCACACGGAUAGAGACGUCAAAAAGGCAGCUUGCAGAACUCUCCGAACAGCUCGAGGUGACACAGGUCGAGCGUGAGUGCCUGGCCUCCGACACCGAUUCCUUGAGGAAGCAAUUGGAUGAUCUGAUAAUCGAGCACAGAGCCCUGCUGUCGACGCUGGAGGAACGCCAGAGUGGCGGGGCCGGGAGAGGCGAGGACGAUCUGCUGAUGGAGAAUAAAAGGCUGGAGCUCUCGCUGACGCUGCUGAGAAACGAUUUCCAGCAAAAGGAGACCGAGUUCAUCGAAACCAUCGAUUCCCUAAGGGAAGAUUUUCAGACUUUCGAGAGUAAAAUCAAAUCACGCUCCGGGACUGCCGUCGACGACGACAAGUCGUCGUCCGAAUUCAGCGAGUAUGAGCUCAUCGUCGAAAGGCUAACUGCUGAAAACUCGGAUCUUCUUUCCAAAGUUGACCAGAUGACUUUGAAGAUUGCGGAGCUGGAACAUCUUGUCACGCUUAAUAAAGACUUGACCGCAUGCUAUGAGCAGACAGAGAAGGAGCUCAAUGAUGUCAUUGCAAAAAUGGGGAAAAGGAUCUCUCAAGCCGCAGAGGAGAUUUCCAGCUACCAAAACAGUUUAAAGGAAGCCAACGAACGAAUAUCCUCUUUUGAGAACUAUCUGGAAAGUAAUCAGCAGAAUGUCACCAAGUAUCACGGCAUAUACAAGAAAAUAUUAUCUGCGCUCAACGAAUCGUCCAAUGCCUACAACAAGUUCCUCUUGGACAAAAUAUCCAAGCCAGAGUGGAAAAAUACCUUGCAAUUGAUAAAUCAACUAUAUCGCUUAAAAUACUCGGCAAACAUAAUCCUUCAAUACUGCGAAAGUGGAUCCGAUGACUACACAAAGUGGCACAUUUUACGCCUUAAGUCUGAAUUAAUGUUAGAGCUUGUAGGAUAUGAAAAAGCACACGUUUUCGAUAAGCUUUUGACCAACGCCGAAAAUAUCAUUACUUUCAUCAUGCACUGCGUCGAGCUCAACGAUGAAAACGAAGACGCUUGCUUGCUGCUAAACAUGUCGAUGGAGUUACCUUUUGACAUUCCAAACUCGUUUCUUAAUGAAGAAGGCCCAUUUUACAACUCAAUUGAGCCUUCUCUACUAUUCAGAGAAUUAAUGGUUUAUUUCUUCUCUGCGAAUCAACAGUGUGACUCAGAAACAUGUUUACAGCUCAAACAAUCAAGAGCCGAGCAUAAAGGUGUGAAACCCAAGAAUAUAGAAACGUUUUUUGCAGAUCUACAGGAGGGUAGCUUUGAUAACCUAGACUUCGCUUUUGUUAUAAUCGGCGAGAAGCCAUUUUGGGAGAUAGAGAAGGAGCAACCUCAAGUUUCUACUUCAAAGUCGUCAGAUCAAACAGAGCUUGAACUUAAAGUCAAAAUCUUGCAAUCGAAGCUUUUAGACGAAAAGAAAAUUCAUAAUGAAAUUAUGCAGCUCGAAAGGAAACGUCGUGAACAUGAAAAAAGUGAAAGUGUUUUGGAAGAGAAACUCAAAGAAGCCAAGGAAAAGGACGAGCUUCUGAAUACACAGAUAGAUAAGCUGCAAAAGCUCCUUGCUAAAUAUGGGAUCAAUCAUUCUGAAAGCCACACACCCAAUCUCACCGAGGAGUUUGAUAUUUUGGAGAAGUCCAAACUACUUAAUACUAUUGGAAAGCAAAGAACUUUAAUUACCAAGCUAGUAGAACAUACUAGUGAACAGCCUGAUACAUUUAAAUUGCUUGAGAAGAAAUUACCACAGCCUCGAGGGUUACGUCCACCUAAGCUUGCACCUCCUAUACCUUCUAUUUUUUACCGAAGGAUAGAUAAACUUUUCGACAUUUGUAGUUUGCCGAUUUCAGACUCGGUACACAACCACAGCUUCAACCAUCAGAAGAUCUUGGAAUACCUUGACACUGUAUAG